AUUUAAUUAAAAAGAAAACAGAGUGAGAGUUCCACCAGCCGAGUUCCAAUAUUCAACCACUCGGGAAAAAAUAAAAAGUCCAAAAAGAUCUGAUCUUUAGAGAGAGAAACACUUUACCCACUCAGUUUGGGCGUUUUUUCAUGAGUUUUGAGAGCUUGAAGAUGGCAAGCUGUGAAGAGAAGGUGGUUCACAAUCAAGAUGAUGAUGAGCAGCUCAUCUCCGUUGAGCUUCCUGCGCCCUCUUCUUGGAAGAAACUGGUUUUUCUUUAUUACUCAAUAUAUAUACUACUUUAAUAAUUCUUCAUACCCCUUUCUUGAUUUCUGCUCUUCUUUUUUAAGUUUCUUUUUUUUUGUUAAUUUUGAACUUCUAGUUUUCAUUCCUGUGUUGUUUUUAGCUAGGAAAACGUGGGUUCAUGCGGAUCACUUUUCUUGCUCAGUUAAUGAUCAUUUCCAGAACUAUGAUUACUUGAAGUUGUGAAUUUGUCAAAACCCUAACUCUACCAAAAACACGGCCUUUUGUUGUUGGAGGUUUUAUGUUCCCACAAGUCUAUUGGGAUCAAUCAGGGAGUACAUGCCCUUGAUGUUAGCUAGUUUAUUCUGGUCCAAUUUGAUCUCUAGAUUUAGAAACUGUGGUGAAGAUUUAGAGACGGGUACGAGCUUAGUCCAUCAGGCACCGUUACUGGCUUGGUCAGUGUCUGACCUCCAAAUCCCUCAUUAGGAGUACGAAAAGGGAAGUUCUUAAUUGGGAAAUAGGCGGAAUCAUUAAUGCAAAUGUUUCUUUGCAAUUAAGAGGUUAUAUGCUCUAACUAAGAAGUAACGACUCCAACAUGGAAGACAUGUCUCCUUUUUUUGGCUAGUUAUGGUACAUAGUGAAGGGAAGGUUUAGGGAAACGUUCCAAGAGUUCUCUAUAUCUAAGGGUGGUGUUUGAGUCUCUUAAGAAACCGACUCAACCAAACGCUCAAACUUGCCGACACUUUAUGUUUUCAUGUGCAGUACCUGCCAUCGGAAGGAGGGAAGGUCGUAUUUGUUUCUCCAACAGGAGAGGAGAUCAACAACAAGAGACAGUUAAACCAGUAUCUAAAAUCUCACCCUGGUAACCCUGCAUCUUCGGAGUUCGACUGGGGCACUGGGGAGACUCCUAGAAGGUCAACUAGGAUCAUUGAAAAGAGCAAGUCAAGACCUCCGUUGACUUCCGAGAUUGAGACACACAAGAAACGGCGCCGGACUUCCCAUGGGAGAAAGAAGGACACCAAGGAGGCCGAAGAUGAGCCAGAGGGCGGCGAGGAGGAGAGAGAUGCUGAAGCAGUCAAGGGAGAAAUGGAGGACAAGAUAGAAGUUCAAUUGCCACCUAAGGAGGUGUCCACUGAGCAUAAUGAUGCUAAAGGCACUGAGGAUAGAAAGACUACGGCAGAGGUUAGCCAAGGCGAAGAAGCAGCUGUUGGUAGGGAAAACCUGCCAUUGGUCAAGUCCGAGGAAAAUGGCGCUGGGAAAGAUGAAUCCAACGAGGGAAAAGAAAAAUGCCAGCUGCUGGAUGACAAGAUAGAAUUUGAAUUGCCACCUAAGGAGGUGUCCACUGAGAAUAAUGAUGCAAAAGGCGCAGAAGGAAAGACCAUGGCAGAGGUUAGCCAAGGUGAAGAAGCAGCUGCGGGAAAAGAAAACCAGACAGAGGUCAAGUCCGGCGAAAAUGGCACCGGGAAAGAUGAAUCGAAUGAGGGAACAGUUGAGGUUGAGAAUACUGAUGAAAAGAUCAGUCAAGGUGAAGAAGUAGAAGCAGCUGGAAAGGAAAACCAGCCGAAGGAGGGAACUGCUGAGGAUGACAAAGCUGAUGAUGAGGAGGCACACGAUUCCCCAUUAACUCCAAGCAAAGAGAUACCCGUUGAAACCCUGGAAAGCCAGGGAAUCGAAGAAGACAGCUCCAAGAAUCACAAAGAGGAUACCGAAAAUGAUACCAAUAAUAAUAAUAACAGCAACAAAGAAGCAGUGAUAGAAAACAGUGUAGUUGUUAGUCAGCCUGAACCCAUCAGCUGCUGAUGAGUGUUUUUUUUACCUCAUUACAUUUACCUGUCUGUGUGUUGUUUGGAUGACUGUAAUUACCUGACUGUCAUACACUAUAUGUGUUAUAGAUGUGUAGUUUUCAGAUCUCUGUCAUGACAAUGGAGUAAUUUAGUCUGUAAUAAUAAUCCCACAUGUUAGUGACAUGUAUUUCAUGUUGUAAUACUAGAAAUCUUGAUUUCUAGUUUUCUCAUCAGUAAUAAUGGUUAUAAGUAGCC